AUGAAGUUUCUCACCAGUGCCGCGCUGCUCCUCGCAGCCGGCGUCUCAGCCAUCAAGAACCCCGUUCUGCCAGGAUGGAACCCAGACCCGGCCAUUCUCCGCGUAGAAGACACCUACUACAUGGCCGUCUCGUCCUUUACCUACUUCCCCGGCGUGCCAAUCUACAAGUCCAAGGACCUCGCAAACUGGGAACUCAUCUCGCACGCCCUCAAGACGCCAGAGCACCUCCCGAUCUACGGCAUCUCGGCGGGCGAGGGCGUCUGGGCCCCGUCCUUCUCCUACAACAACGGCCUCUUCUACAUCACCUCCAUGACGCGCUGGGGCUCCGACCCGAACUGGCGCUCGUGGCCGCGCAUCUGGUACAUCUCGUCGCCGGACCUCGUCACCUGGUCAAACUUUACGUGGGCCGAGCCGUACGGCAUCGACCCGGACAUCUUCCACGACGUGGACACGGGGAAGGCGUACCUCAACCUCAUGGGCGUCAACAACAACUACGACCGGUUCUGGGGCAUCACGCAGUGCGAGAUCGACCUCGCGACGGGCAAGUGCGUCGGCCCGUACCGCAGCAUCUGGAACGGCACGCUCCCCAACGUCCCCAGCGCCAGGCCCGAGGGCCCCAAGAUGUUCAAGCGCGACGGCUACUACUACCUCGUCCUGGCCGAGGGCGGCACGAGCACCGGCCACCGCGCGACCGUCGGCCGGUCAAAGACGCCCGAGGGCCCCUACGAGGGGGCGCCCAACAACCCGCUCAUCUACAACGGCGCCAACCAGAACCUCACCAUCCAGUCGACGGGCCACGCCACCUUCACCGACACCCCGGACGGUCAGUGGUUCGCGUCGCUGCUCGCCCGCAGGAACGUCAACGGGAGGUCCCCGCUGGGGCGCGAGGCGUUCCUCGUAAAGGUCGACUGGGACGGCGACUGGCCGACCAUGAACGGCGGGGAGCCCCUGCUCCUCAGCCAGAGCAUCGAGGGAGGACCGGACCAGGAGCACCCGAAGCCGCGCUGGACCGACGACUUUUCCGGGUCCGAGCUCGGCGUGAGCUGGUACCAGGUGCGGACGCCGUAUACGGAGAACUUCCGGCUGAAGUCGGCCAAGUCGGCAGCGGGCGGCCCCUCCCGGAAGCGGGUCGUGGCCAACGAGUCCGAGUCGUCCGGUCUCGUUUUCAACCCCAACGUCUUCACGCUCGGCGACCGCGACACGCCCGCCGCCGUAUUCCACAAGCAGACGUCGCUGAACAUGACCUUCUCCGCGAAGCUGCUGCCCACCGACAAGGGCUUGGGUCCGAGACAGUCGGUGGGUAUCGCGUCGUACCUCAGCGAGGUUAACCACCAGGACAUUGGGGUGCGAGGGUGCUGGAACACGACUGGUCUGUGUCUGUACGUCGACCUACUGCCGACGUCUGACGGAGCGAACACGCGACCCAACUCUACCGAGUACCCCCUGAGCGAGUCGACGAUUCCCGCGGACCUCACGCUUCACGUCCGCGCUGCCCCGCUCAAGUAUUCUCUCGGAUACUCCCGCGGCAACUCGACGUCGCCGACGUGGGUGAAGGAAUUCAGCUCGAGACAGAUGGGCUCGAACCCCGGGUACCCCAACUUUGAGGGCUCCAUGUUCGCGCUGUUCGCGAGCGGCAACGGAGAGCCGUGGCCGUACGACGCGCCCGACGUCGGCUUCCGCAGCGUCGAGGAGGUGUACUUUGAGGAGAACCUCCCCGACUACGACACGUUGAGGUGA